CAAAGGUGCCCGACUAUUGCAGAAGAGAACAAACAUGGCGGUCGAGGAACUUCUGAAAGAGCUGUUUUUUAACCCAAUAAACCUCGCAUUACUAUCUGUAUGUGGGUUUUUGGUUUAUAAAAUAUUCGCAGGAAGUAGAAGAAAACCUGACCCACCGAGAGAACCGACACUCGCGCGUAUGAAAAAGAGAGAUUUCACGCUACAAGAUCUCAAACAGUAUGACGGUUUGGGUGAAGAUAAACGAGUUCUUGUUGCAGUGAAUGGCAAAGUUUUUGAUGUCACCCGAGGAAAGAGAUUUUACGGACCAGGUGGUCCAUAUGGUGUUUUUGCUGGCCAUGAUGCUUCCCGAGCCUUAGCAACAUUCUCAUUGGAGAAGGAUUCUUUCAAAGAUGAAUACGAUGAUCUUGCCGACCUAGAUAAAGAGUCACUUGAUGGUGUACGAGAAUGGGAAAUGCAAUUCAUGGAAAAAUAUGACUUUGUUGGGAAGUUAUUGAAACCAGGAGAUGAACCCACAGAGUAUUCAGACGAAGAAUCCGCUACUGACAGUGAGAAGAAGGACAACUAGGCAGGAUGUAAGAAUAGCCCAACUAUAUUACGACAAGCAGUCAUCAAUGGCGGGAUUUAUACUCUACGUCCAUCCAUUACUUUGACCCAUUUUUGAAUGCAUUUUCCGACUUAAAAUCCGGAGUCAAGACAUAAAUGUCUCUAUGGUUUGACGGCCAGUCAGAAUGCCUGAUACACAUGAAACACAAUCCAACCACCUGCUUAAAAGUUCACAAGAAAUGUACAUUGCAUGACUGCAUAUCAUGCCUCCGUACAUAUGUGCUGGUACAUCGGUAUUAAAUACUGGUACUAGUACAGACAUGGCUUUAUGGUGUUUUUAAUCAAUCUGGAAAUCCUACAAAGCUGAACAUAACUGUAGUGUAAGGAUUUUUUAUAAGGGUACUUUUUGGGGGGAAUUGAAGCAUGUUCAAUUUGGAUCAUGUAUAAUGGAGAGGUUCAAAGGUUCUUAGGGGCUUUUUAUUACUUUUAACAUUUCUGAAUCAUCCCAAGUCUUAUUUUCGCAUGACUCUAAUAUUUACUUAACAAGGGCUUGAUAUUUUAUAAGAUUUUCCAUUGGACCACAUGUCCACAGUUGAACAUUUACUGAACCCGAAUAUUUAGGAUUGAACAGCUUUUGCAUUUUUCAGUAAUCCUUCAAAGUAUGAGAUGGGAGAAGCACUAGACUGCUGCACUUGUUUGGUUGUAGGGUUACUGCUAAAAUGAUGAGCCUAUGAGCAGCGGUUAAUUUGAGCCCUGCUUUACAAGCCUGACCAGUCCAGUGGGUAUUACAAGCCCUGCUUAGCCCUUUCAUGUUAGUUCCCUUUGUUAACAAUCAAUUAAUAAAAACUGUAACUGUUAAAUUGUGUAAAUUGGACAGCGCUGUAGAGGCAAGAGAAUAUCUGCCAUUGUACAGUAUACAAUUGUUGCCCGCUGUGGUGGGAUGGGAUCCAUGGUGUUUUGUAGGCCUAAGGGGGCAAAUGGCACUUAAGGCAAAACUAGUGCCAUUUGCCCAGAGAAUGUACAAAGGACAUAGAUCCCAUCACAUUGUGCAACAAUUGUUUUUGGGUAAAAUUAAAAACACUGGACAUCUUUGGUAGUUAUCAACUUGCAGGUGUUGGACAUUUCUCAAAAGCUGAAGCGUCUUUUGUAAUUGACUCACUCAGCUUUACAUUCCGAAGAAUGCUAUCAUCCUUACAAUCUCUAUGGAAUGAGUUUUGUUUAUUACAAAUGAUCCCUGACCCUGACAUGGAAGAAUGCGACUCUGUACAUUAGAGUAGAAGCUAUGGGGGAAGGGUACUAUACUCACUGAGAUCUUAGGGUUGAUAAUGAAAGGAGGAGGCUGGCAUCGAUGCAGAGAGAUCAUUAAUUAAGAUUGUAUGAAAAUUGACCUCUUGGUGGCAUCACUAUAAGUCAUGUACAUUGUAGCAGCUUAUGCAUAAAAUGAUUAACAGUUAACAAUCAAUGUAUAUUGCAUUCAGUUCGAAUUGAAACUUGUUAUUAGAGACCUGUAAAUAUCUGAUUAAUUAACAAAGGGAUUUGUAAAUGACACUAUAUAUUUGGCUAGUGUUGAGCUUACAAAACUGGAAGAAUUCAGAAGAUUAUGAUAAUCUGCAACCUGCAUUUGAUGAAUUGUGAAAAGGAUUUCAAAGUUGUUGUCGUGUGUUUAUGGUUGGUGAGAUGCAAUGACUGAGAAUAGUCAUGGUCCAUGCUAUCAAAUGAGGUCAGAAGCUUUUGUUGAUAAAAAAAUAAAAAUUAAGGCUGUUUUUAAAUAGUUUUAUUUAGUCUUUGAAAUUCCAACUUUUGCAGUGAAUCAUUGCAGGGCUCUAGACUGUUCUGUAGAUGGAGCUGGAUUAUCAUUUGUAGGGUAUUAACUAAACUAGAUUGUUAAAAGCACUGCUUUGUAAUUAGCUUGUAUCUCAAUGUGGAUAAUUGAUUGAACUGCAUAGCAAGUUCUGUGGAGAUUUACUAUAUCAUUAUUUUGCCCAGUUUUUGUAAUGUGAUUUUUAUUGUCUACAAAAUGUUUCAGAAAUACUAAACCCAUUGUCAGAAAUGACCCAAGUUUAAUCUAACAAUGGUAUUUCUGUCUAAAAUCAUUUGUAUCAAAAUCCGUGUAAAAUAAACGAAAGCAAGUCAAAGCAUGUAUUAUCAGUAUAAAGUAUUCAAGUUAAUUUUUGUUGACUGGUUAAUCAUAUCUGAAAACAAGUUCAAGAUUUUGUAAAGUUUGGGGAAUUUCCAUCUGGAAUAACAAGAAUGUUUACAAUGUCAUUGUUUGCAAUGUAGUAGCUGUACAUAUGUUAAUUGACGACGGCAGAACGCACUUUCUUUCAUCCGUUUUAACUUCCCGAUUUCAAUUUUAUUCUGAGAGCUUGAUGUUUAGACAAAUGUGUUUGAAAAACUCACAGCUGACAUUCCUUCAAGUUUAAAACUUUGAAACAAAAAUUGAGUUUAUGCAAAUUGAAAAACCAUCAAGUUUCUUAUUGCAGUGAUGUCACACACUAUAACAGUUGCAUAAUAUUUGUUUGUUAAUUAACAUGCAUGAUAGGGCUAUUGUAUGCUGUAGAAUAAGACAUUUAUAUGUACAUGUACUGUCAAUCAUUGUAAUAAAUGCUCCAGUCUUGCUUACUUUCAGUCUCAUGUUUCUGUUUAACGACCCAUAAUCAAAGAUGGCUUUUGUUGGUUUGUACCUACAAGGCUGACUGAGAUAUUUAGGGUGAUUAAGCAGGCUUAUCUUGCUAAGCCACAUUUGCCUUUAUUCUGCUUAAAGCUUGGCUUAUUAUUUCAUGUAAUGCAAAUCAGCUUUGAUUGUGCUGCUUUCAUGAUUGGUUGGAAACUUGCGUCAGAGUCUCACAGUAACUCAUGAUGACUCUACACGCAGAUUGUAAAAUCAAAUAGUUUAAUUAACCUGGACAAUUUAGCUACCUUAUACUUGUAUUGGAUUUCUUUUAUUGUAUCUCUUGGUAUUCUGUUAAAAAUGUGUAACGCUACACUUAGCUUUUGUAAGCUUUCAUUUCCUUUUAAUUAUGGACCAAUUUUUGAGAGAUUGGUGUCUAUCCAAUAUGCAUGAAUUUGUCAAUUAUAAUAAACUGUUAGAACAAACAACCUGGGAACAUAUUUAAAUUGAGUGACUCUUUUUGUAAAUGCUGAUUUGUUGCUUUUCAUAUUGCUAAAUGGAAUAUUGCAUGUAAUAUUUUACACAAAAAUACUGAAUUGAUCAUAAAUUUGAAGUACAGUA